GCAGACCAGCGAAGUGGUCAAUGGCGAUGGAGGAGCAGGAUUGCAGUCAGAGCUUAUAUAUGCUCCUUGCUCUGCCUGCAACUCACUCACACCACCAAAUUCCUCAGCUCGCACCCUACAGCUCGUAGUCAUCUCGCUUUUCUGAGUUUGUGCAGCUUGUCGUUUGAGGCGUUUGUUGUGGUGGUGCGAAACUGUCGGUCUGUGCGGCGACUAGCUGCUGCGUGCUUCUGUGCUCUGAACUUGACAGACACGCUGAUCAGUGAUUCGUAUUGAGCUAGGCUGUUGGUUGUGUGCGUGCGGUCGUGCGUCCGUGGGUGUGUGUGAGUCUCGUGGUGGUCGGAAGGGAUUCAUCUUGGUGGUUGAUGCUGAGAGGUUGCUUACGACUCUGGAGUUGUUUAGAGGAAUUUUGCUCGUUGCGUAGGUUCUACUGAUUGCAGCAGUGAUCGUCUUGCGUGGCUGAGCGGCACUCUUCUGUUGUGCAAUUCCUUUCUUGGCCGCAACGCGUUCAAGGUAGACCUGUCGUCUCCUGGGACUAGUGUGGGAGAAGUAGGUCGCAUUCGGAGUGGUUUUUGGAUUUCGUGAAGCGUCCUAGACGCAGUGAGUCGGAGGUUCUAUGAUUGUCACUCUCAUUAUCCCCACACUCUGCAGUCUCGGUUCGGUUGUUUAGCUUCGUCGUCAAGUUGCCUCACCGUUUUCUCGCAUGAGCGGUGAAAGACGGAAAAGGAAACCAACUGGGAAUGCUGCUUCGAGGGUUCUUCUCCCACUCUCUGUCAAUUCGAUGAUUCAAGCAGAUAGUAUAUGAAAUUGAAUUCCCACCGGGCAACGUGAAGAUAAUCCCUUCUUUUCUCUCUCGAGAUUGCGAACGCUCAUUGAUAUCCGACGAUCUGCUCUGCAAACUUAAGGAACGAAACCAAUCUCUGUGGCAGCUGCGAGCUUCAAGAUGCCUGGUUUAAACGCUGCCUUCUCAAGCCUUUCUCUUACCAGUAAUACACGCCGAAAAGAAGAAUGGAUGGACCCAGAGAUGUGGGGCAAGCUCCCCGAGCCCAUCAUGGAGACGAUUCUUUCAUACCUUCCUUUACCCUACCUCCUGCCCAUGCGGACUGUUUGCAAAAAGUGGAAUUACCUUCUGCAAACCUCCAGCUUCUUAUCGACGCAACGUCAUUUGACGGUACAGUGCUCUUCAUACGUACUCACGUACAAUGAACCCGCAUUCUCGGCGUUUUCUUUCUUCCAGCAAGGUCCAGAGCUUUAUUACCUCCGCAGCAGCUCCCUGUACUGCCCCGUCUCGAAGAAUUGGUUCAACAUGUCGCUGGAUUGCCUCCCAAUCCGGGAUUUCUACAUCACAUCUGUAGGCGGAGGACUGUUGUGUUUCGUUGCACACAAUGGGCCCCAGGCCGCCACCCAUCGGGAAGUGGUUCUUGGUGUGUGCAACCCUGCCACUCGAACGUGGAGGAUCCUGCCCAGGUGGGGGGGGUCCAAGGCUUAUAAUAUGCCGCACUUCGUAGCCAUGGUGGUGGAUAACUUCAGGCGAUCCUAUAAAAUUAUCCUCAUCGACCACGACAGGCUCGCGACGCGCACGUAUGACUCCGUGAGGAUGGUGUGGACGAAGUCCGAUGAUGUCCCAUCGAGGCACAACUUCCCAUAUUACGACCGGUGUCCUAGUCAAGCAGUCUUCAGAGGCAACACGCUCGUGUGUUCGACGCAGUGCAAGACGGGGAUCUCAUCUUACGACAUGGAUACCUGCGUAUGGGAAUCGUACCACGUAUCGCUUCCCAAUAUGCUUAGCAAUGUGCAUUUAGUGCAGCAUCAUAACCGCAUUUUGAUGAUCAGCAGAGUGAUGAAAGCCAAAUACGAAGGAUCGGAUAGAGUUCAAAUCUCGGAGCUAGACCCGGAAGGCUUGCGUGUUGCGACCACGCUGAGUGACGUCCCUCUCGGUCCUUCCAAACAGUUCUUGGAUCACUUCAAGGUCUGUGAAUAUAACAGCGUUGAUGACUCUGAGGGACUGUGCUUUAUUUCUGUUACCACGGGUGAGCGAUGGUUGUAUGACUUGGAGGAGCGGUUCUGGCACAUUUUGCCGAGCAGCCCAGGGAGCAAGACGAAGAGCAUGGCGGCUUACGGAGGAUUCUCUGUACAUUUGAGAGUGGACGUACAACCCUAGGUGGAGUUCAUAGUAACGGUAGGUAAAGUAAAAUUUGUAUAAAAUUCGAAGGUCACAGGAUAGGCCCGGAGUGUUUGCAAAGAUUUUAAUGUUCCAGCUCUCUGACACUGAAUGGUUGGGUGAGAUAGAUUGGUUACGUCACCCUAAUUGUGGCCGCACAUGUUUAGGUUUCAAAGGCGUUGUAAGAUUAUGGCAGUCUUGCGAUGUGGAAGUUUUUGCCUCAUUGCUAGCUGAGGCUAUUUGUACAAAUUGCGAAACUUUUUUGAACGGAAGGGUGUCUGUUCGUAGAUCUGAUGAUUUCCAUUAUGCUCACAA